GUCACUCGGCCAAAUCCCGGAUCACAAGUCUCCAUGAACUGGCAGUGAGCUGAGAUAAUAAAACCCCUGACAUCACCAUUCCAGAAGCUUCACAAGACUGCGUAUAUAAGGGGCCGGCUGUAGCUGCCGCAGGAAGAGCUGACCAGCCAGCCAGCCGACCCACCACCCUCACUUAAGCCACCAUGGACAUCGCCAUCCACCACCCCUGGAUCCGCCGCCCCUUCUUUCCUUUCCACUCGCCCAGCCGCCUCUUUGACCAGUUCUUCGGAGAGCACCUGCUGGAAUCUGACCUCUUCCCAACUUCCACUUCUCUGAGCCCCUUCUACCUUCGGCCACCCUCUUUCCUGCGGGCCCCCAGCUGGAUCGACACUGGCCUCUCAGAGUUGCAUCUGGAGAAGGACAGGUUUUCAGUCAACCUGGAUGUGAAACAUUUUUCGCCUGAGGAGCUCAAGGUCAAGGUGCUGGGAGAUGUGAUUGAGGUGCAUGGCAAACAUGAAGAGCGCCAGGAUGAACAUGGUUUUGUUUCCCGGGAAUUCCACAGGAAAUACCGGGUCCCAGCUGAUGUGGACCCUCUUGCCAUUACUUCAUCCCUGUCAUCUGAUGGGGUCCUUACUGUGAACGGACCAAGGAAACAGGCCCCUGGCCCUGAGCGCACCAUUCCCAUUACCCGCGUAGAGAAACCAGCCGUCACUGCAGCUCCCAAGAAAUAGAUGCCCUUUCUCUAACUAUAUUUUUAAAAUCAAAAUGCGUCGCUACCACUGAAUGAAUACCUGGAGACUAGUGUCAAAGCUUAUUAAUGCUAAGGGCAGGCCCGAGUUUUUAAGCUAAUAAAAUAUCAUUCAGCAACA